ACUUCUUCAGUGGUUUCCCUUAGCAAAAGACGUGUUUUGUAACCUACAACAUUAUAAUUUUGUUAAUAAAAAUACAAGUGAUUAAAAAUGAGUUCUUUGACAGAUUUUAAUACAAUGUUUCAUGAUCUGAACCGAUUUAUAACUUUGCAGUCGGGGAAGUUGAGUGAUCGUAAAAAAUAUAUGGGACAUUUUACAAUUAUUAUGAAUGCAAUUUGUAACGAUUUGAAGGAAAGAAGUGAGCUAUUUAAAAGAAUGUAUCAUGGAAUUGAUUAUUCUGGAAGCUAUCGCGAUAAUUUAAAGGUGGGGAAACCCAACGAAUACGAUAUUAAUAUCAAAAUGAAAUUUGUGAAACCUGAUAAAGUGAUAGUCGGAAGUGCAAAGCCAGGGUAUCUUAAAAUUAACAUCACUGAAUUGCUGGAAGAAAUGAAAAUGUUAACUGGAUACGAUAGAGCGGUGAAAGAAUUAACAAAGUUAAUAAAUUCAGAAGGAUUACUUUUACAAAACAAAUGGAUGGCAUGGUCUGAAGGCAUUAUCACUUCAACCUUCGCAAAAGUGAAGCAGGAUCUUUCUGCGGAAUAUAACAUGAGUCAUUCUAAACAAGGACCAGCUCAUACCAUAAAAGUUGCCUCUAUUACAGACUAUACGGUCACAUUCAGUAUUGAUUUUGUUUUUGGAAUCAUGCUUGAUUUGACUAAGUGGAUCGCAACACGGCCAAUUCCGGAAUCUAUCAAAACAGAAGAUAAUUAUUUCACCGCUAUACCAAAACCAAAUAAAACUUUGAUUGGUCAACCAAAUCCACUGUGGAUCGCUAGUUAUCCUGCUCAAGAUCACAAUAUUAUGCACGAUAAGAAUCGUCUUAAGGAUUCCAUUCGGUUUCUUAAGAAAAUACGUGAUACGCAAGGAAUUGAAAACUUAAAAAGUUUUUACAUUAAAACAGUGGUAAUGUUGGAAACUGAUAAGAGACCUUCUCUUUACUGGCAAAAUCCAAUUCGGACUGUGCUUAUAGACAUGCUUACAGCAGUUAUUAAUCGCUUGGAAAAUGGCAAUAUUCCUUCAUAUUGGAAUAAGAAUUUCAAUAUUAUUGGGGGUUUCAGCCAGGAUCAAAAAAAUGAUAUGGUGCGAAAAUUGAAAAAAGUAAAAGGAGUUUGGGAAAACUCAUUGGAUAAACAAACAAUAAUAAGUACCAUAUUGCCUCUAUCUGAAACUCAGAUACUAAUGGACACAAUGGGUUUAGAAACUGAAACUGGAGGUCCAAGACGUGUAUUUUCUCAUCAAUUCAAUAAUGAGGGGGUCAUCCAAGGAGAUCCAGAACAAUCUACAUCAAGUAAUUUGAACAGAAAUAUUUUACUAGGAGUAGGUGCUUUAGGAGUAGCUUUGGCAGCUGUUUCAAUGUAUAGAUCAAAUAGAAAUAGAGACUAACAAAAAAUUCUUAAUGAAUUAACAUCUUUUAAUUGACUUAAGGUAAGUGUGCCAAAUUUCGGCAUAGUUGUAUGCAAACGUCAAAGUCUCAAGUUUGAAAUGUAAUAUUUUAAAUUCAAAUUGAUUUUUUUAUUCUUUCUUCUGAAAGAGUGUUGCAUGGAACCUUGUUAAGAGUUUACCGUCUUUAUUUACUCUAACAUCAUUCUUAAUACAUUUUAAAAUGAAUAAAAAUGUAGACAUAGCUUUGGUGCCCUAUUUCGUCCACCUUCAUUCUCAUAGUUCCUUGCCUUUCGGGAAUUCUUCCAAUAUCUUUUUCAUGUCAUCUCGUUUAUCGUAACUACAUUUUUUGUUAUUCUUUUGCAUUGUAUAAUCUUUGGAGUACGUAAAAUCUUAAAGUUCAUGGAAAUUCGAGGAACAAAAAAGAUGGCCGAAAUUGCAAACUGGCCGGAAUUUGGCACACUUACCCUAAUAGUUUUCUAAAAGUAUAUAUUUUAAUCACAAAAAUCUAUAGCUUAUUGUUUCUCUAUCAUAAAACUUAUGUAACCUAUCAUACGUAACCUAAAAUCACACAAAUCUAUAUAUUAAUAACAUUUUCUUAUAUUUCAUUUGCAAAAGGUACUGUGUAAAAUUAUAAACUGAUUACACGAUAAGUACAUAGGAUUGUUCUUACAGUUUAAUUUUUAAUCUGCAGACCUGCAGGUGUUAAUGGAACUGCUACAAAGUCUUAAAGGUACUGCAUCUUGCCUUGUAGUUUUAUUAUACAGUUGCCAAUAUUAAUUCUGAUGAUUGACUUUUUAUAUACAUAUUGAGUUGCAUAUUUUAAUUAAAUCAUCAGCUUGUAUGUCUGUUUAUUUAUAAUACAUUACUAUUCCAAAUUUACACAUGUUAAGACUCUUCAUCCAGUGUUCGUGCAAAACUUUCUUAUUCCAGAGAAAACAACUUUGAAUUUUCUUUUAAAGUCACCUAGAGUAAUUAUUUCUCUGGAGGACCAAUUCGGAAAAGCAUAGUAAUCACGAGUUCGAGCAUUGUGAAAAGUGUUUUCCCCCUGAACCAUUUCUACUCAUUUAUUUAUAGCAAUUGGUUCAUUGUCAGUUUAUUAUUGAAACUCAAUUAACAUUGUUUUCGGGAUUCCCGGACCUUUCCACACAAUCCAAACGUUCCUGAAACCAGUUGAUUUAAAAAUCAAACUCUUGCCACCAGUUUCCUCGAAUUUUUAUUCCAAGAAAUUCCACAUUUUAUUCUCUGGGACCAUUUUUUUUAAACAUAUCUUCCUUUACUCGUCCGCAUAGUCGUCCGUCUGUUCAUUUUUCUAUCUGAUUCCUGUAUCUGUCCUAUCAGUUUGUAUGUUCAACCGCCAAUAGAGGCCAAACGAUUUGAGAUAGCGAUUUGGGACCUUCAGUGAGAGAAAUCCGAAAAAGUUAAAAUAACAUUCCGGAAAUGUCAAUUUUACCCUGCAGUAUUGAUCCGAAAACAGUGUAAAUAUUACCCUUUUUAGGUGUAUUAUGGAUUAACUUUACCCUUCUUUCAUGUUGAUUUUACCCUUAAAAGGUGUAAAAUUAACAUUAAAAAUUUUGAUAUAUUUUUACACCGAAGAAGUGUUAAAGUUAUGACGAAAAAAAGUUAAUCGCAGCCUCUUUUUUUCUCAGUGUUCUAAGAUUUAAACAAGUCCGGUUAGGGAAUAAUCACGCUCACUCCAGAAUAAAACAUGCAUGAUAGAGUUCAAUCAUGUGACGUGAUUAUGUGAUAUAUCGCGUUCGUGAUGAACAACAGCGCAUCAUGUCUUUAUCUAUCACAAUUUAAGAUUUACCAUAAAAAAAUCAAAGAUCGCGUCCUUGAUAAAUGCUACCACGUGCGGUCGUAUUAAUUAAAAGAAUAAA